AGCGCUACGUGUCGUUAACAAAUUACUAACAUUCCAGCCAACGUAGCUUGAGUUUUAAUAAAUAUUAAGAAAUGCUGCUGUCAUAUCUGUCGUUAGCUUUUGCCAUAAUUUUUCUUAUGGCGGUAAUGUACGCACCUGAAGCGGAAGCAGAAGCUAUUUCCGAAGCCAAUGCAAUGAGUAUGGCCAAACCCCAGCUUGGUGGAGGUGUUGGUACUGGCGGUAUUGAUAUUGACGGUGAGGGAAAGAAGUAGUAGCAUUUUUCGUGGAUAAAUUCAAGAAAAACCCACAACUGAGAAACUGGAAGAAAGAUUGUAAUAGAAAUGUGGAACUACAAAGGAUGCAUAUAAAUGAGAUAUUUCUAAGCAAAAAUAUAAAUUAUAUUUAUAUGUCUUUAUUGUAUUUGCUCGUUUCAUAAUUAGGCAAUAAAAAAUUAACAAUAAGAUUGCAUCAUCA